CGACAGCGUUGAACUAGACAUGCAAAUUAAACAAAAUGUUAAAUAUGACUUUGAUCGGCGAUUACAUUGUGCGGCAAAAUGCAGGCACUUCCUUAUCUUCAGCUCAGAGAAACUGAGAGCCCUGUUUCUCCAGAAAAGAAGAACUAUAGGUUAAGUUUGCACGAAGCUUUGCCGAAAACAGCACAGAGUAGCGACGAGCAAACAAGAAGUGGGAAAAAUGUCAACAGAUCGGUGAGUGAGUGAAGUGUUUGUCAACAGCACGAUAGCGAAUAAAAGUAAUUAGCAACAAUUUAGCAUGGAUCUUUGAUUGACUGGUAAUGAAUUAUAUUGCAUUUCCAACAGGUUCUUGAUCUAUUUAAAUCGUAGUUGAAGCUUUAUGUUGGCGUUUUGCUAGUCAACAUACAUUGUAUGCGCGCAAUUUUCUUGUGAAUUUGUUGUCUGUGUCGGGAUUGGUGUCGGUUCAGUCGGUUUGAGGUGCGUACUGCUAGCCAACCAGUCUUAGGUUUAGACAACUGCGAAGUUCUUUUUGAAUUUAGAACCCUAUAUAUAGAUGUCUAUAUUAUAGGACAGUCUUUUUUGAAGUUCCUUAUUCUGUGUUUCUGGAGAUUGAUUAGGAUAUUAUAGACAUCAUAUUACAAAAAGCGCAUACAAAUGUAUUUAUUUAUAUUAUCUUAUUAUCAGUUCCAUUUCUGCAAUAUUAUUUUCAUUUGUAAAUGCCACAAGAAGUCAUUACUCAAACCAAUAGUUCUGUUAUACAGUUGACUCUCUCUUAACAGGCACCCCUAUAAGACAGACACCUCAGUAAAAUUGACAUCUAGAGUUAGUCCCCGCCUUUCUUUACUCCCUUUAUUUGACUCUCUAUAAGACAGACAUCCUUAGUGCAAUUCAUGGCAAUUCCCAAAUUAAAGGUGUCUGUCUUUAUUUUGAUAUUACAAGCUGAUACAUGUGUGCAACGUCUAGUCUUUUUUUUACAUGUACUUAAGUUAUUAUUUGUCUGGUACAUAUCAAUAUUCCUGUAUCUGCUAAUUAUAAAAAUAAUUUGGUAAAGAUUCAUACGUUUCAUCGCAAAAGUUAAUUAGUAUUUCCAACAGAUAAUCAUCCUCAUAUAUUUUUAGAUGACUUAUAAUAGACAUUUGGUGGCUAUUUUAAAACAUGGGAAUGUUAGCAUGACAACCUCAUAACAUUUACGUAGAACACCUACCUGAUCCACCAGCAGGAUUCUUAUGAAUAAAUAGCUGAGAUUUUUCUUUACAAAAGAAUAUAUUUUAUCCCCACUUGAUCACAACUUUGUUAGUAAAACACUGUGUUAAAAAUUCUCUUUACUGAAGAUUUCUAGAAAAUUCUUGUAAUAGUUUUUGUUACUAAGAAAAGUAAAAAUUGCAUCAUACGAUUAGUGUAUGAGAAAACAUGCAAAAAGUAAUUUACCAACUCAAUUAUAAGGCAACAAAUUUCUAGAAAUGAUGAUUGAAAUUUUAAGUCCCUUUCUUAAUUACCGGUACAUGAAAGCCUGAUGUUUAGCAUUAUGUGAAAGGACUAGCUUCUAGAGAGAUGAUCACACCCCAGGGUAACUUAACUAUUUACUGUUUGAGUCCCUGAUGGUUUAGAUUAAGUGUGAUAGCCCGCAAGAGUAGAUGCCUUUUCUUGGUUCACAACCACUGAAACACAGCUGGGAAGGGUGUUGCAUGCUAAUGAAUUAAAGAGACUGCCAUUCCCAUUGAGAGGGGGGCAGUUCAGGGAUGCUUCUCAGAAAAUUGGAUAUUAUUAAACCCUCAAAUAACACCAAUCUGGGCAUGGCUAAUCAAGUUUUAUUUGACCCAUUCUAAAAACAGACAGUGAAAUAAGAGCUAUUUAAAGUAAUUUUAAUUAUCAUUAAGAUUUUGCUAUUGAAGGCUUUUUUACUCCCAUAAAUACUAAUAAUCCCCAUCCCUUCUCUCCUUGCCUAAUUUGCAGUCUCAUAAGGACUUUACCCACCAUUAUUCAGCUUAACCUACAAUCAAGCCUUUGGUGAUAGUAAGUUGUGUGAGGUUUAAUGUCUGAAUGAACACCAAAUUUACUUCAUAAAGGGUUGUCCCGGUGAUAGAUUUGAAAUGCUAUCAGCACCAAUGAAGAGGUUCAAGCUGAGUGACAGUUGAUGAAAUUGAUGAAAUAUAUUAUUUUAUUUAAAUUAUGUUAAUAAGUUGUCAACAUUAAAUUCUGCAUCUGAUUCAACCUCAAAAUUUUUCAAUUACAUUUAACUUCAUUUGAUUUUACUCUAAUGCCUUUUGUUUUUUCUUUCUUAGGUAUAUUCACGUGACAAUACUUUUCAGUUUGAAGAACACAGCAGCAUCUAUUUUGGAGAUAAUCAAACCUCACAAUUUCGUACUCCUCUACCCACACCAUCUCCAAGCAAAGUUCUAAAACCAUCUCUAAGAACCCAGAAUCAAUCCUGUCUUCCUGUAUGGGUUGAGCCCCUGGGAGUUUGGUUGACAAACAGAAAGGUAGGAGCUAGCCUGCACCAUAGAUGUAACAGGGUCUAGAAGGGAUGGGGGCCCUAAUCCAACAUUCCUGCUCCUUUUCCAGGAUAAUCCUGCAUUCCGCACUUUUUUCAUCACUUUCCCAAAUCCCGUUUUUUGUUUCCAAAAUUUUUAAGUUAAAAAAGACUAAUUGCUGCAAAAGCCAAUAAAUGUAAGAAGCAGAUUGGUCCCUUCAAUUGAUAUUCUGAAUUUAUGCGUGUUUUAAGGCCAUUUGCAGAAGUGAUAUAGCCUCUCAUAUCUUAGUAUGACAAAGUGGAAGGAAAAGAGCACAAGAAAUGAAGAGGGAGACAAGAUAGGACAAGGGACACCACCGAACUUGAUUCACAGUUGCCACUAAAAUAUACGAUUUCUCGAAUUCCUGACUGACAGGCAAAAAAAUUUCCCGCAUACUGUGCCCAAAUUUUUGUGAAUCCUGCUUUUCGGGUAGCAGUCAGAUCCCAUUUCCCAUUAAGAUAUUUUGUGUUUUCCCGAAUCCCGCAGACUAUUUUAGUCAAAUCCCGGAUCCCAAAAAAUACCCUUCCACACCCUGAUGUGACGUAACCCAGUGAGUAACGUCUGUAAAACUAGCACCAAUAUCUUUGUUCUGGCCCCGCUACGGACUCAACAAAUUACCAGAAGUACAUUUCAAAUUUUUCUUCAACCUGAUUAGAAAAUCAACAAUGGCUAUUUUAUUAGGCCAAUCAUGGCUCGUACUCAAAUCCUGGUACUUAGGUGGGGGGCCAGAACAGGGAUUUUAAUUUUUGGUGCUGUUUUGCAGAGGAACUUAACCCAGCAAUUAAGUUUCAUCUGUGGGGCAUGUUAGGUAGGAGCAUAAUUAUUAUGGAAAAGAUGGGUAGAGCUGUAAUACUGUUAUGACCAACUGAGGGGGACAUUGGGGGCUAAAGUAUUGCGUUACCAAGCUUUUUUUCAUGCUUUUUUUAAACGCUGAACUGUAAGCUAUAUUUUACACAUUUUAUCUGCUAUUAUAUUAGUGAAAGAAGAUGUUUUGUUCAAGUCAUUACCUCAUGUUUGCACUGUACAUUCAACUUAGGGCAAAAAUGCUUAAAAUAUGUUUCUCACCUAAACAGUUAUCAGAAAUUAAAGAGAAAGGUUUCAUAUGCCAAUAACUAAUUCUUUCUUUUUAUGUGGAGCGUAUAUGUAGUACCCAGUAAAACCUGAUCUAUAAAUGUAAUGUAAUUUCUACUUGCAGAAGUGUAACAACUAUGAGACCUUCACAAGAAAUGUUGGGCUUCUACGUCGUACUAGCGACAUGUUCUUGGUAAUGAAAUUUUAUCCUCGGGUUCAGAAUUUAUUUUCCUUUGUUUCAAACUCAGGUCAUUAUUUCUGUAUCCGAAAACUAAAUUUACGUGUAGAUGUAAAUAGAACUUGAAACAGGAUCUGAAGGACUUUAACUGAACCACGACAUCUACAAACACGAAAAAGACUAGAAAAUAAUGCAUAUAUAAGUCGAUUUUAUAUUGGUACUCAUUUUCUGUACUUGUAAUGUUAGCUUAAUGUUACAUUGAGUGGAACAUGGUGCGAACAAUAUCUGUAAUGUGUCCUUCUCUUCAUGAAAGCUUCGUUCCUCAGACCAACAAAGAUAAUCCUUUGUAUAGUCCCCAUAUGUCCUUCCGAGAACUGUUUCCUUUAUGUGUAAUAGUAAUAAUUUGCGUUUUCCAUGCCUUUUUUUUUUUUUGAAAAAGGACCCCUGUCCGCACGUUCCAAGAUGUUCCCAUGAACGGACAUUAUCAGCCCUUCGACGCCAAAAGCAAAGGUUCAAAAGCGAAGAGGAGUUGAAGAAGCAGGAGGUUUGUGUCUUGUUAAUUUAUAUAAAGCUGGAGCCAAAGUAUUUUAACUAACAAAAUCAAAGAAAACCAACGCAGUAAAGGAAGCAUGUGUUUUUAAUACUUAUUGCCAAACGUGAAAAAUUUGCGCGCGAAAAUGAACGAAAUUUUAGACAGCGAGAAAGUUCUCGUAGUGAAUGCCGGUAACAAGAAGUGAAAAAAGGACUUUUUUGAAAGUCUACAGUUAUAGUAACUUGUAGUAAUGUCUUUGGAAGCAACUACGCGUUUUACAUCUAAGGUUGCGUUUAAUGCUCAGCCCCGUGGUAAUUUAGUAGAAAGAAGAGUACAGUAUAUGAAUAAAUGGUUAAGUUUUUAAAACACCGCAGAGCGGGAACACAAUUCUUACAACCAAACAGGGUUGUUUUCAUUUUAACCAGUGCUGGAAGUAAGGAAAGGAAAGGGCAAUAUAAUGAAUAAUCAGAGUAGAUGUAACUAACGUUUAAGCGAUUUUCCAGCAAUUGCCAAGAAUGAAGACAGAUUAUUUUUUCUUAAUUUCAGCGUCACUUUCGAAUUAUAGAAAAAGUUCAGCAGAUUCGUGAUGUUUGGGAACAGUGGACAGAAAAAGCGAAGGCAGCUGGGCAGGAACAUGAAAUUAGGUUAAACAGCUUUAGGAGAAGUAGAGGUAAUUUUGGAAUUGUUAUUGGGCUUAAUCGCGAUCAAGGAACUCUUGAUUUCUUUGAAGCUGGCAUUGUUUUGUUACACUGGGUACAGGUGCAGGGACCGGCGCAAAAAAGGGGAGGGGAGGACGAGAAAAGCGAGAAAGGGAAAAAGGGAGAGGGUCCAUUUGGACUGUUUGAAUUAUGAAGCGAGCUGGGUCGGUCCUCGCCCUAUUUUCUCAUAGCCUCAUAGCGGUUUUGUUUUGUUUAUACGAGAAGGCGGGCAAGAAGGCCAAAACGCCUUCUCAUAUAAACACAGAGAAACAUUUAUGAGGAAAUAAGGUGCGAUUCGAGCCAGCACGCGGUCAAGCAGGCCACUGCCCGUUUUGGCCGCCUCAUCUAGACAGGCCCUCGAGAUUCAGUUUACAGUGGAACCUCGAUAUAACGAACCUCUAUAUAGCGAAGUCCUCGGUAUAACGAACGAUUUUCUUUACCCCAGUAAUAGUAAAACAUAUGGAAAAGUACCUCGAUAUAACGAAACCUUGUUGUAGCGAACAAAUUUUGCCGGUACCUUGGCACUUCGUUAUUUCGCGGUUCUGAACCACUGUAUAUAGAUUAGUGGCUCAGAAAAGGGCGACUUGAUAUAUAUAGAGCACUGGACGCUCCGGCACAGGCCACAGUUAGAUCACUCGUUUGAAUUGGAUGUUAGUCUGUAGCAGAUCCAAGCAUGAGUAAAUUGCAAGCAUCCGGCCGGAUAACGACAGAUGGCAUGGAGUUUACCUAGACCCUGCACGGCGUUUUUCCCUUUUACUCUAGGUCAACUCACUUCGGUGACGUAUCCGAGGCGAACGGGCGGGAAACGCCUAGACAAAAACAGAAUGCGCGUGCGUGCGUUGCUUUUUGAAAUUCACAUCUUCGCUUGGCCUACGUGAAACGCUUUGGCCGCGAGGAAAAAUGAGGCCUAGGGACUAGGCAAGCAGGGAGCAAUAUUUCAGGGACUUUAUUUUGGAGACUUUAGGUGUUAUUUGAAUAAGAGUUAACUUUAAGCAAGUAAAGUGAACCUCUUUUUCCCUUCCUUUGUGUAAACAGAUGGUUACUCUGAUCCAGAUGAAAUGAUAAAAAAGAAAAGGGAGGAAAGAAUCGAACGUGAAAGAUUGCUCCGCUUUGAAAGCGAGAAAAGAAGAGAGGAGAUUUUACGAAAGAAACGUUUUAGACUUCCUAAAAUAAUUGUCACGUACUACGAGGUUCAGACACGUCCACAAUCUCAAUGCUCAGAUGUGGAGAGAAGGCUGCCACAUUUAGUAAACAUUCCAGGUGGCUCUCAACGCGGUAAACAAAAUGAAGAUAGCGAUAGUGAUUCUCAAGGAAGUAGAGGAGAUAGACUUGAAAUUCCUGAAAGGCUUUCCCCUCAAGAAUUAUCCCUCAAAGAGAUGAUGUUGCUAGAAGGAGGUGAGGAAAGCGAGACGUUGUUUCUUAAAAACGAGACUGAAACACAGGCUCUUAAUGGUUACAUUUCUAAAGAGUACGAUGUUGUCGGCGCUGAUAUAAACGUUACCUUGCAAGAUAAUGAAGGAAAUGAUUUAGAAGGUAAGGCUUUAAAAGGGUCAAAUCAAAAUGGCUCAUUAGAGGAGGAACAUUUAGAACUAGAUAAAAAUGAAUUUGUCGCAGAAGAAGAUCUUGUGCAUGUGGCGCCGACUGAACCAACUAAAAGUGUAAACAACGAACUCACGCAAAAGUCUCAAAUGGUUAAUAAUACGAUGGAUGAGCCGAGCACGUUAGCUUCCGAACAGAGUGAGACACUUCAGAAACAUUUGGAUGAGCAAAGCAAUGCUGACAUCACGAAAGACUCAGAGAACUUUGAAGGUAAAGGAUUGGAAGACAAAGUUGACGGGAAAGAAAAUAAAGAAAGAAGGAGAGAGAAGGAGAGAGAGGAAAAUGUGGAAGAGAAAGAAAAUGAAGGAAAAGUGGAAGAAAAAGAAAGCAAAUUGAAAGCUGAGCAGGAAAAAGAAAGGACUAACAACGAACAGGAGAAACAAAUGAACUAUCUUGUACCUCCAGUGGCUGGUGAAUACGGGUCUGAUACCAACUCCAUAGGAGAUGCAGAUUACACAGGUAUAAUGAUUUCUAAAUUAAAGACUCCAGGCUUUUGUGGUUCAGUCAGAAUUAUAGUCAUUAUCACCUUUGUUUGAAGCAAAUCAGGAAGCAAAUAAGGAACCGCGGGCUCCAUGAUAUUUCUUCAGUAUAUUAUAAGUUCUGCCUCAAGUUGUGAAGAUGCAUGACAGAAAAGGUGCCCCUUUCGCAUACUUUCCAUUGAAAAAUGGCACCCCCUUUUACAUACUUUGUUUAGAACUUUGCAUCCUGCUGUAAAUACACUCCCUUUAAGAUAUGAAUAAACCCUAAACCACUUUCCCUGUCAAAACCCUAUGAUUAGAACUUCUCGCAAACAAACACCUCUCAGAAAAGACCGCGACCACUUUUUAUGUUGACGGUUUUAUAAUUUUCCAUCCUUUUUUAACCUCGCGCAAGCGACCGCUUUUGUAGCCUUAAGAGUUUUUCUUCUUGCACAGAAACCCUAAUAAAAUCCGGCACGAAACCCAACACAAAUGACGAGAACCUGCUUGCGUGCUGCCUCCUUAGUGGCUCUAGGUUGGUGUUCUUGCUUUUUUAACGACAACGUAUUGCUUGAAUUCACAGCUUCAUUUAUGUCCGCGUUUGUCCCGGUGGCAUUGGGCGUUGGCAAUGGUGUUAUACCCAAUAAUGCAAUGCGAGCGUCAUCUGUGCUAGAUCGUUACCACGUCCCUAGCCAGGCGCGGCUGAAUAACACCAGACAGGGGAAGAACGCCGGCGCCUGGAAACCAAAAGUCAGUGACAAGAAACAAUAUUUAGAGGUCGAUCUGGGAGCUCUAACAAAAGUUACUCAGGUUUGUGUUAUAAUUUAUCUGGUGUUUCUAAUCUGACUUGUAUGGAUCAUAUGAUUAAUUUUCUGUUGUUCUUUUUAAUCCAUUAGAAACUCAUCAUGUGAAUCCCUACUAGCCGUAAUUAAUUAGUGUAAAAUAAUUUCUAUGGGAAACGGAUUAUUGUUGAGAUUAUUGUUGUUUAUUGUUGAAUAAAGAUCUAAGGGACUUAGAAUCCAUACUGCCGUCUUGUUCCUCUGUAUUAAAAUUUCGUCCGAAAACUUUAGAAAUAAUAGUUUCCGAGUUCAUUUUGUCUCUAAAAGUCUGCAGGACCCGUUCCUUUGCAGCACGCUUUCUUUAUUGGCGUGUCACACUUUUAUUUGUAUGCAUGCACACUUUUGGUUCUGUUAUAAAUAACAGUAUUUCCCUCCUCACUCUCGUAAAAAACCGCGGCGUUCAUUUCUACAUCACCUUUACUUAUUGCAGUGUUGUUAUCUCGAGACAUCCUCAUCGUCAUAUAAAUUUUAGUGCGCGUUUCUUAUUACCUGGCAACGAAAUAAAGAAAGCAGAAGUUAAUAGCCCACGUUUGAUAUAUUAAAAUUCUUACACUACUACAUGAGAAAUUUCUGCAAUUUGAUUGGCUUGGAGCAGUGGUAUUUCAGCUUAAUUUGAAAUACCUACUUGUUAAAAUUACAAACCUUUUGCGGAUAGCAGUAUAAGCAAAUAAUUGCAUGAUUUGUAUGUGAUAUUUGGCAUAAAUACCACUCGUGAUAUUUCAAAAUUGUCUCAAAUUUCACUCGCCUAACGGCUCGUGAAAUUACGUUUAACAAGUUUGAAAUAUCACUCGUGGUAUUUAUGCCAAAUAUCACUACAAAUCAUGCUAUUACCUAUACCAACAUGACUCCGAGGCUUUAGCGACAAAAUUGCAAAUUUUUCACGACCCCAUUGUCCCGCAAUUCCUAGAAGAGUUUUAAGCAAAAGGAAAACCAAACCAAAUAGAGGAAAAUGACUAUAAAGCCUCGGAGUCAUGUUAGAAUUUCUAACAUAUCGAACGUGGGCUAUUAGCUAAGUCCUACAAUAACGGGAAACUGGUACGAUUUAUGACCGCAAAGGCUCUAGGGAUUGUUUGGAGGUACAGCAAAAAAAAAAAGACGGACUGCGCCAAGCGACCUGUUAAAAACGUUCUAAAGGUUAUUCUGACUGAAGGAGACAUACCUGGUGCACCGGUGUCUUUAGGAAUAGUACAAUAGUGAAGAUUACUAACAUUUCUGAAACUAUUAUUGCAGUUUGGAACACAGCACUUCGCCAUGUUUGUUGGCCUCCAUACUGUCCCCCCAAACGAUCCCAGGGAUCCUUGUGCCGCGUACCGUACCCUCUUUUUCACUCGUUUAUAACAUGGUGAAUUGUAUUUGCUUGUCACUUCAUAGGUGUCCACCCAGGGUUACCCAACCCCUAGUAAGGUCAAAGUACAUAAGAAAGACAGGUGCUGGGUGGAGUCGUACACGCUGGCUUUCAGUACAGAUGGCUCACAAUGGGAACCUUACACUGAAAAUGGCGUUGUUAAGGUAACUCACGUGAUCAUUGAUUAUUAGGACUGAUUAACAGUUUUAUAUACCUAAUUCAAUAAAGGUUGCUUUGGCAAUUAGACAUUGGCAACUAGUCAUUGACCAUUUGGGCAUAUGGAACUCACUGCUUGAGUGACCGCCAAACAAAAGCUUUCUUGUUCUCAAUUGCUCAAUGCCCAAAGCAACCUUCAUGGAAUCAGCCAUAUAAUGCUCAAUUGCGCUUUGCAAAAGUUCCAAAAACUGUAAGAAACAAAAAUUUUUUGACUGUAUAAAUACAAGAAAUACAACUGAUUGUGAAAAAGCUUACUUUGGUAAGGGUUAAUACUAGAACAAGGUAGAUUGGUUUAUUUCUUAUUUCCAAAUUAGUGCUAGUUCUUCCUGCUAUAAAAUUACGAAACAGGCCAUUCGGUAUUGUUCUGUAAACAAGUACGAGUUAACUUCUAUUAAGUUUGAAAGACGGCGCACAUCCGUGUGAUUUUGGCCGAUAAAUACGGUUGUUUGUCAGUUAUAAUCAUGCCUAACCCUUCUUUGAUUUAAAGGUGUUUAAAAAUACAUGUUUUGUUCUUAUUUGCAGUGUUUGGUUCAUAAACUGUAACUCUAAACACCAGUAAAACGCAACAAUAAAAAUAAUGGCAAGUAUUCAAGAACCAGAUAAAUCAUAGUGGUAACCAAGAGCCAUCCUAUUAUGGCUCUUGUUGUAACAAAUAAAUAUAAAUUAAAUUAAAAUGAGUUUUAAGCGGUGUUUUAAUAUUAAAAUGGCUUUUUUUUUUCAAAAUUUUUCGUCUUUUAUUAUUCAAGGAUUAAAUUCAAGUAAAUGAUAAACAAAGAUUUAACAACUAAGUAAGUGGAUGUUUUAAUUGUUUUCUGAGCUCGAGCUCCAACAAGUUUAUAUUUUGACUUGCCUCCGGUUUUGGUUCAUUUCCGGUUUUGGUUCAUUUCUGAGUUCCCUUAGCCUCUUUUUCAGAACAUGAAUAAAUGCAAGUUUUUGAUUUGAAACUGAUUUUCUAUUAUCAUUCCAUUUUUUCAGUUAAGUUUUUGCCUUAAGCCUCAUUUUGAAAGUGAAGGCUUUUAAAAUUCGGGAACGAUCUAUAGAUGAAGCUUAGAAAUUGAAAUUCCGUUUUCAUUCCGUUUUCGUAUAAGCUCGUCUGCGUAGAGGAAUUUUAACGAUGGAGGGAAGAAAAGAUAAGAUGUGAAGUAUCUUAGUUGUUCCCUUUCUUCCCUCCAACCGUGUCCGUUUGUCCACUUACCUUACCUCCCCUCCCACUGAGCGGCUGCUGGUCUCGUGUGGAUCAGUAGAAUUUGACUCGGGUUUGGCCAGCUUGUACAUCAAACAUAUGCAUAACGAUAAAAAACAUUCUUUAAAAGAAAAAUAUCUAACUAGCGUAGUAUAGAACACAUUCCUCGUACAAUACGCUAGCGAUAAGCACUAAGCAAAGUUUUCUGGUUGUCACAAACCUCAAAAAAAGGUAAAAGCGCACUGAUUAGCCGAAGGCCCAAAUGGCCGGAACUUAUCCCGGUUUCCUUACCAUGAAGCAUGCCUAAGAGUAUUGCUACUCCCCCCUGGACGGGAUGCUAGUCCAUCUCAGGGUUACCCUUCACCUCCAGCAGUAUGUCGCUGGUACCCAUUUGUGGGUGAAGAGAGACCAAGUGGAGUUAAGUUCCUUGUCUAAGGAAACAACGUGACGGGCGAGGCUUGAACUCCGGACCUCCAGAUCCGGAAUUCGAGGUGGUAACCGCUCGGCCACACGCGCCUCCAAAGAAAGCUACCAAGUGUCAAGGGUUAUUUUCUGAUCACAUCGAUCCUCCCGGAUUUACACGGCGCACCUUUGUCGUAUGCGAUGUGCGAUUGUAAUACGGCGACACGAGUAUCGUGUAAAUUAAACCUACAACUGACUUGCUCGAUAUACUGCUAAUCUUAUGUUUUCAAUUUGGUGGCAGGUUUUUAACGGAAACAAAGACAACAAUGCAGUGGUUAUCAACAGCAUUUUAUACCCCUUUGAAGCGAGAUUUCUGCGAUUUCUACCGCAGUCGUGGAAAAACAGUAUCGCUUUGAGGGUAGAAGUUUACGGAGAAGCUGUAGGUGAGCAUCGCGUUUAUCGGCUUAAAGUUCUUUUUUACCCUGCUUUUGUAACGCUAGCCCACUUGACAGAAACGCAUACCUGAUCUGUUUGCAAAAGGUCCUUACAAAUGUAAGUUACGCAUGUGUUAUGCUUGUUUUCAAAAGGCGUCUUACUCAAAAAUUUCCUCCACUGAGCUGUGUUUGGAGGUGAUGAACUUUGUUUCUAUCCGUUAGAGGAAUAAAACACUAAAAUUUUUUAUUGACAGGUAAUUAGGCUAUUCUUACGAUGAAGUCGUUUGACUUCAGUUCGUUUUUGCUUUCCUAUAUAAACUCGUCAAUCCCGCCGAGGUUUAAGAAACAAUACCUAAUUUGCACAAGAAAAGAACAAACUGAAGGAUUCUGGUAGUUUUAGUAAAUGACGUCAUCGUACAAUUGUCCUAUUAAAUCUUGUGCUUCAAAGUAGGAAAAUUCUGUUUAUAGGCUGAGGAGUACGAUUUAAAAGAACUUAGUUUAUGAGUGUAAUUACACAGGGGAGAAAGAGUCUUACAAAAGUUUAAUUCAAGGAGUCUCUACCUCCUUGAGAAGGCUGAGGGAUGAAAAGAGAGAAUACUGCAUGUUUUUCUUACGUCUCUUUUUCAUGCCUGAAUGAGAUAAAGAGUGCUCACCAGGCAAUAAAUGCUGCAGUAAAUUAAAGAAGUCAAAAGUCUGUCAUAAUUUGAGUUAAAUGACAACCAGUAACUUCACUGUGUUCAUAACCUUUUUUUCAAGAAUGCGAUCUAACGAGCGUAACACCGCCCCCGACAUCAAUAUUCACCGAAACCGAGGAGGGCCUAAGAGAGCAUGAAACGAUCGUGGAGGAGAAAGAAGAGGAGGAAGUUGAGCAGUUUGUGUGUGGAACUGAAGAAGAGGUUGAUGAGCAAGAUGUUUGGGAGGAAGAUACUGUUGUUUCUGUUGUGGAGACUGCUUCACAGAUUCAAAGUAAAGGUAUGAGCAAAGCAAUGUGUCAAACUCAGUUCUAGCCUGUUUCAAGUACAUCGAGAACGAGUACGUGAAGACCGCAUGGGGAGCUGGGAAAAGACGGUGAAGUGGAGCCUGUAAACGUUGUUUUCAAUACUUCACUCCUGGUAUACCCUAUCAUUGGUCAAUUUUUACAGUUAACGUCAACGCUGACGUCAAUCACUUCGCGCUUCACGCGCACAGAGUCAACCGAACAUGAAGAGUGUGAAAUCCUCCUGUACUGCACAUUUUGAACGAUCCCCCUUUGUAAAUCGUUCUUGGACCGCCAGCUACUGGGUGAAAACUUGUAAAACGAGGAAAAAACAAAUGGGAACUUGAUUUGACGCAAAUCAUAUUGUGUUAUACGUUCAUUUAAACUUGCUAAGUUAUUAAUCGGAGUAUAGUACGCCGUGUUGUAGUGGCCCAGAUGGAAGAAGUUUAAAUACUGUUUAAUUAGAGGGAUUACCCCUCCCUCGGAGUUUUGCAGGCUUAUCUUAAGGUCUUUACUGCUUUUGUUAACGAGAUACACGUGAUUGGUGGAAGAAAAAACGAGUCUGGGAUUUUAUCUGAAGAGAGUUUUAUUUUCUGUCGUGAGUUAACGUACCCUUUGUGACUAAUUUGUUAGUUGCAGUGGUGUCUCAAAGUACUUCAUCAAUGGUCGGUCUUACAGUCCAAGGAGAAAAGGUUUGUUUUUAAGUUAUUAAUAACAACUGAAGAUGGUCACCCAAUUUUAGUGGGGCAUUGUGUUCAAUAGAAUCCGUGGUCUGGGCCAUUUAAAAUUUGGGUAACUUCAGUGACGCGUAGGUUAAUUACGCGCUAUAGGAAACAUUGCUUUCGACCAAAUAUAGGUUAAAUUUUUGUUUGAAAAAGUUGAAUUACUUACAUUGAAGUAGUCUUUUGUCCUUUCUGGUCAGUUCUUCCACAAUGUGAGUAAUUCAACUUUAUUAAACAAAAAUGUACGCUUUAUUUUGUCGAAACCCAUGUUUCCUAUAGCCUAUGGGUUCACUGGAGGCAAUAUCAUGAUGUACAGAUCAUGCAUGCUUGGAAUCGUUGUCUGUUGAAAAGGGCAAAUUGUUCUCGGUUGAAGAGUUUAUCAGUUGUCUUGGACAAUUUAAAAGUCUCAAUAGUCACCACAAUCGAAAUUAUUCUGAUAAUCGAGAGAAUCGGGAAACUUGAUCACGUAGCACAAUUUUUUUGCUUGUUUACUGUUCAUUUUAUUGAGCACUCAAAAAAUUGUGGUUUUAUUUUCAUCCAUAAGAAGUAUUUUGGACAGUUUUUAUCUGCUCAUUUCCUUAUUUGAGAAAUUGUAAACUUAAAUCUGACAUUGUGUUUGCUGUAAACGUGAUUCUAAGUCUCUCUACUCGAACUUUUGUUAUCCGUGAUGUUGAGCGUUUGAUUAAAUUUCAAAGCUCUAAAUUAGGCCCGAGUCAAACGUCGAACUCCACAUGAGCCGAAUUUAAUGCUAAUAAGCAAAACCAAUGGAUUUUGCUCAUUGGUAUUAGAUUUGAUACAUACAAAGUUCGUCGUUUGACUAGGUACCGAGCACAUAUUUGAGGCUGGCAACUUCUGGUAUGAUUAGACACUCUUGAACAGACAAGUUACUCAUUAUUUAAACCCGCAAAACCUAAAUGCGUAAUAAUCGUUUAGGUUCUUCCUUAAUGGUUCAUCAUAUUGCAAAGAAUCAUUGAGCGUCAUCUAUGUCGUUUUAGGACUGAUGGGAUAUUGAAAAGCAAUGUCACGUGGUUUCUCAGGGGCAGUUUUUUUAUUCUAGGCAAAGAAAAAUGAAAAAAAUAUAAAAAUAUAUGUAUAUUUUGCAAAACUUAACUCGUCGUCUCGCUUUGAGAGGAUAGACAAACUCGACCGCGAUGACUUGUACUGCCAAAUUUUGUCACUUGUUUGCACCCCCCCCCCCACCCCCCCACCACUGAAAUACCAUGUGACAUUGUUUUUAUCCCAUCAAUGCUAAAGCGCGUGCAAAGAUGGCGGGUAUCGUGAAUAGGGUUUAUUCACAGAAAGUUUUUUAAGGUGAUUGUAAUGCCUUUUUUUUUCGAUAGCAAUCUGAAACUUCGAAAGCUAAGCGAAAGUCCAAGAAAUCAAAGCAAGACAAGUCAGAAGAAAACGAAGAAAAAAAGAAAAAGAAGAAGAAGAAGAAAAUUAAAGAAAAGAAGACAAAGCAAUCCCUCGUUACCAGUGUCGCUCUGUUGGAGGAAAUCGAGGAAGAAGGUGAAGCCUCGUCUCAGGAAGAACAAGAAGAAGAAGAAGAAGAAGAAGCAGAGACACAAAUCAAGUCACCCUCCCUCCCUGAAAUCCCUAAGAGACCAGGUAUGCCUUGUACUCUCCGUGCUACCGUCCAGAGCCAAGGAUUACUUUUUAGUCUAAACUUGUGCAAACUGGGUCUUCACGUUGCGUCUCUCAUUUUUGGGAUCUUAAGAAAGGACGACGGCGAAGGCCAACUUUCCUGGAGAGUUGAUGUUUUGCGAUUUAAAGCUUUUUUUUUUUUUUUCGUUCACUGUGUCUUAGUUGUCGGUCAAAAAAAUCACUUGAUUGCAAAAAUGUGUUAUUUGAUUAAGUCACCAUGUCAAACAAAUAGUGUGCACUUUAUUCUAUACAGAAGAAAACCGAGGCGGCUUAUCACAUAAACUUUUGUCAUUAGUUUACGGCUUAGUAACUUGAUUGAAGAUAAAAAACAAGCAGCGGAGAUAAACGUGGUAAACCAGCGCCAAGUUUAGUAUGAAAAGUUGAUUGACCGAAGUGUUUAUCAUCGCUAUCCGUGUUUUAUUUGGUUCGUACUUUUUAAAUAACUCUUUCUACGCAAAGUUUAUAAGAUAGUUGUUUUAGUGAUCACCCUUACGAAGCUCCGUUUUCUGAAAUUCCUACAGAUGGACCUGUCAAUGGUAGCUCUUGAAAUAAUAACUACCACGCAGGCCUCCUUUAAAUGGAGAAAAGUUGUUCUGGGUAGAAGGGCUACUUUCCUACCCGAGCUACUCUGGACGAACCAACUUUUCAUACAUUUUCUUACAAAACUUGACGACUCGUUAACAUGAAAAACAAAACGUUGGCUCAACUAAGAAGGAUGACCCGUCUAUCGCGGUCAUUCACUUUUGAUGGUAGGGUCACCCUUGUAGUCUUUUCUUCAUAUAAAGCUAUUUCAAGAAAGGUUGUCGGAAAAAACUGCACGCGACAAUCUAGGCUCGAUUACCAGCCGCUGUUCGAACACCGGACCCGGGAGACGGCGGAAAUCGAGCCUAGCGACAAUCCCGAAAGAUAAUAUGGGAUAUGAUCGAUACACUGUUCCUGACACUGUAGCCCGUCGAACAUACUUUUGUUGCAUUCCUUUUGUCGCAAACAUAUGUCCAUGGCCUCUCGUGCCAUUCUUUCAAAUUUCUUUGAAGAACACUGAACUCAAAACCACCCAGAAUACCUUUCGGGAUUGUCACGUGCUUUUUUUCCGACAACCUUUCUCGAAAUAGCUGUAAAUACUUUGGCUCGCUCAGCAGGGUCAACUGGAUCAAGGCGAGACAAUCAAAGCAUGGGCGAGCGCUGCUGGCUCGGGCAAAUGGGGUCAACUUUUUUUCUCAUAUGAACGCUCGCUAAAGUUGUCUCUACUGGUAGGAUGACCCUCUUCCCCUGACAAAUUGUCUCCAUAUGAAAGGGGCUUUAAUCAAAAUUCCUCAAGCUGGUCCCUUUCCCUAGAUUCAUUAUACUACUGUAGUUACUUUCUUCAUUGGGAAAGUCUUGGUAUUGUCAUUAAUGCAUGUAACUACCUUAAAUUACGAUCACUUUCUAAAAGCCAUGAAUAAUAAAUUUUCACCAAAUCAUAAUUUGCUCUUCAGAGAGUGCAACUCGGAUACCAGCUCAACCUAAGCGAAGCUUCAGUAUGUUCCCGGUUAGAAAACCUGAAGAACCUGUUAAACCUCGCAGGCGCCGUGCACAGACCGAUGACAGUAUCCGCAAUGAAUUGUUACGUCAGCAAGUUGCUGAGGAUAGAAGAAGGAAACUCGCGGCCGCUAUGGAGAAACCAAAGAGAGAGGUUCAAGCACCGAGUCCUUUACAUGACAAUUACAGUGCACGCAAUGAAUUAGGUGAGUGGACGUUGGCUUGUGCGACAAUACUAAUGAACAAUACUAAUUAGCAACAGAUCAAGGACGUCUGUUGAGGAUGGGAAAGCGCGGGAAAAGAACUAAAAGCGACUUCCGUUGCGCAUUUUAUAAUAAUAAUAAUAAUAAUAAUAAUAAUAAUAAUAAUAAUAAUAAUGACUGUUUAUUAAGAGUCAUUGCAGCAAUAUACAGAAUGGUUGAAUUACAGAGCUGUUUACAAAACAUAUAAUACUAAAAUAUAAUACAAUAAAUCCAAUAAAUACUACAAAAAAAAAAUUGUACAAGCCACUAGGUAUACUUAUGCGUGACAAACUCUUGCGUGCUCUUGGUCCUACAGGUAGGACGCGUGGAGCGGCUAAUGCCAGAUCUAAGAUUAUAAUUAUGCACAACCUCCUCCUGUUUGGGGAGCAUAAAAUGCAAGGGGUGAUUCUCAUUCCGGAGUCUAUCAAUAUAAGCCUGGCCUAGGUGGGCGCGUCUGUCACUUAGAGUUGUUAAAUUAAGGGCAUUUAAUGCCUCGCAUUUUGUUGCUCUGCCAUUGGUCAUGCUGUUGCUGUGAUCUGCGCGCGCCUUCGUCACUGCCGUCGCGUUGUCUUUGCUAAAUCUGUCUAAUAAGUUAAUCUCACUGUGGUGUUUAUCUGUUGUAGAUGAUUUUCUGACCAAGUACUGCAUAAUAAGUGAAGGGCAAUCUAAUUAUUAUCGGCGGAUCUUCAAGACCGUAAGUCUUUAAUUUCCUACAGUAAUUUGUCUCACACGAUACGGACUUGUGUGCUUUUGUCGUCUUUAAGUGUAUGGGAACAGUGCGCCCCAAUAUUCUGGCAUAUUACGGAGCUUAAACAACAACGACGGUAACUACUACGAAAACGUCAUUCGCGCUGCUUCAAACUUUAUCGCGCCUAUUCCACCUCGGGUAACCGACCGCCUACCCCUCCCCUAAGUCACAAUUUUGCCUCAAGUGAGGAGUAAGUGUUAAUGUUGACUCAGGGGAGGGGUAGGUAGUCAGGUACCCAGAAAUAUCAACAUAUCUCCAGUGAGAUACAAAGUUGCUCGUCUCUUUCACCAUGUUUAAAAGGUCUGAGUGCGCACUUUCGUGUUUCGUUCGUUGGGAAUUUACACCAGUUCGGCUACCUGAUUUGGGUAAGUUUACGCCAAUUUUGCUUUUUGAUGUCUUAUUUUCUAAUUUUGUUUAGUUCGACGAGGAUGAGGAUGGAUUUUUGUUUCCUGAAGAAGUUUUAGAAGCCCUGGAAAGCGUCAAUUCCAAGUUACUAUCGGACUCUCAUAUCAGUUAUAUUUACCGAGUAAGUACUUUUCACGCCUUGCCUGAUGUUUCCUCCUUAGACGAUAAGAUAGAACAUUUUCAGUGUACAAACAAACUUUAUCGUGUCAAUUGUUUGUGGGAUGAUUUUAUUUGGUUUUCACAGAAACUCAUAAGGAGUGAUAAGUUUCUGGAUACUAAACCUUUCUUCGGGUGUUGUCGUGUGAUAGCAAAGAAGAGCUACUUAUGGACAGUAUCCUCUGUCUGUCGGUCUCUCUAGUAACUGUUGUAUGGUAUUUGCAGAGCAUUUUACUUCCUACAAGCUCACUGUAAAGAAUAUUAAAAUGAAAAAAAGUUUUUGAAGUUAAAACCUGCUUUUAGCAGACGGUUUUUCAUUUGAGAUAUUUCGUCAAUUCUCUGUUUCCAGUUGGUUUAAAUCAAAUCUUUGCAGUGAAAAUUGGGGUCUUUUUGUUAAAUAUUUCGCGGUUUAAAAUAUCCUUUUAAGAAUAGAUAUAAUUAAAGGAACGAAAUUUCCGAAUGUUCGUUAGUAAUAGAUAAUAAGUAUAUUUCAUAAUUUCUAGUUGUAGUUGUACUGUUUGUUACCGGUCGUUUCGAUACGAGUUUAUUCAGUCGAGUUGUAAUUAGUUUUUUUUAUAUUGAAACGACGCGUUACCAGUUGUACUUACAAUACGAAAUACGAAAUAUCAUCGAAAAAUUGCCAAAACGGCUUCUAAAUGGCUCCAGAAGGAAAUAGACCGUAAAAUGCAUCACACAAACAAGUAAGUCAGAAUUUAGGAUGUAUUUCAUUUACCCCAUUAUAUGCUCUUACAACAUUCCAAUUCAAACAGAUUUCCGCGUCUGGGCUGUUUUUGGUCAGACUAGACCUUAAUGAACUGUUACAUUUAUAUAUUACUUAAGUCUCGUUUCUUUGUUGCGGGAAUGCUACCACUUUCCAUUUCAAAGCAAAUGAAGACGUUGUUCUCUACUUUGUCUGCGAAUUUAGUAUAGUUUAUUUCCCCACUUGCAUCUUCUUUGUUGCCUUUUUGCAUCUUUUCUCCGAGGACAAAUGUUGUGAUCCCAAGCAUCUCAAUCAGCAGGGUGCAAUCAUUGCAAGGCGUUUUCGUGACAAACAAUGUAGCGCCUCUGAUUUUCUUGGUGUUUCGCAUCAGGAGCGCGUUCUGCUCGGCGUGGAUGAUGUAAGGGUAUUUCUUCUGUUGCACGUCUUUAUCCUUGUCUGAGGCUCUGGGAAACUCACCAUAAAGCGCCUUUGUAGGGAAUCCGUUCCAUCCGAGAGCCACAAUCUCCCUUUCUUCGUUCAUUAUGACUGCUCCAACUCCUUUUCUUGGAUCAUCUGUACGCUCCGCUAGGAACUUUGCCAAAGUGAUCAGGUGUGAUGCUUGCCGGCCAUCGUCAGGAUUCUCUUCCGGGUUAAAUAGCAAGUCUUUAUACUGGGAAGAGAUCUUGGAGUGGGCUUUAAAUUUGUAUCCUUUCUCCGAACCAACUAAAAUUGUGGCCAUCCAUUCCAUCAUCCCAUCAAAAUCGUCUGUGACCUGCUCUUCCAUGUUUGUGUCGAACGCAGGCCAAGGCAGAUCAAUUCUUGCUUUCUUUUUCCAUUUUUCGCCCCAAUAGGUAUUCAUAAGCUGUUCCUUUAUCUGAUCUCUGAUAUUCUGCGGAGUGUCUGGAUAUUUUUUCUCCGUAUUCGCGAGCACUUCUUUUCCAGCUCUGGGUACAAACACAGUCUGACCGAUUGGACUCACUUUAAACAAGCUAUCGACGCGUUGCAUUUCGGCUUCACGAUCCUUUCGGUCAAUGUAUUCUGGUUCAAUCGGGAAGUAAAAGACCCUCUUGAUUUGAGACUGAACCAGAAGCUUUGUGCAUAAGGAGCAUGGCUUUCUAGAAACAAAGACUUUGCAAUCUUGUAGAACAUCAGGAUGGGCCAUUAAUAGUCGAGCUACGCCAUGGACGCCGUUUCUUGAACAGUCCACUGCAUAGAUCAUAUCAUUGGGCAACACAAGCACCGCUCCAACAUUUUUAAACGAACCAUCUGAGUUAGCUUCGUCAGAACCAAGAGGAAACAUUUCCAUCCAAAGAGCAAGGACCAUGUAGAGGUUCUCUUUUGUAAUCCUUAAAUCGCGAUCAGCGUACGAAAGUAGAUUGCCUUGUGAAGGCAUUGGAGUGUUGUUCUUAGCCGCCAUCUUCCUCGUUGACCUUUAAAAUGCAAAGAGACGCUGUAAAAAAGACAAUACCAAGAGCGAUAAUAGAACAGCUGAUUCAUUGUCUCCAAUGUAAACAUUGGUACGGAUCACUGACUACUGCUGUGACACGAUCUUGAAAAGAGGGUCUCAUUAGGGAUAGGGGGGAGCUUUGACGGUAAAUUUUUUCGAUUUUGAUACCCUGCGAGCAGAGGUUUCUCUCGCAUGGCUUUUAGCGUUUACGAAGUCGUUCGCGUGGCUUGUCUGUCGCGUAGUUGGUUUGUUAGAAACGGGGCGUAAACAAACCAGUUACGCGACAGACGAGCACGCGAACGACUUCUUAAACGCUAAAAGCCAUGCAAGAGAGAAACCUCUGCUCGCAGGGUACGAUUUUGAAGGUUAGUGGUGAAUUGUUUGGGCUUUUGACGGUUUUAACGGUUAUCUAGAGGAAAUUUAUUCUAAGAAUUUAAAUAAAUAUUAACUUCUCGCAGGUAUUGUUUUUACUGUGGUUGUAUUGGCCUUUUGAUUCAAUAUUCUCUCUUGCGUCACUUCCGAGUUUCUCUGGUUUUUAUCCUCAUUUUGUUUUUCUUUAGUCAUCUAUUUGAAGGAUGUUUUUGGACACUUUUAACUUUCUUUUUUUUUGCUGUUGUCACCCCUUCUUUCCACAUUUUCUACCAUUUGACCUUACUUUUCAAACAUUUUUUACCCGGAUAACUCGACCUUUUAUAACUCGAAUUCUUCGCUUACUCGCACUAAAUUUCCUUUCCCUUGAUCAAAAUGUCACAGACAUUUACCCCGAUAACUCGAAUUUAGAACUCCACUCGGAUGCAUCCAUCAGCCCCUUUUUUUGUAUAAUCUAAAAAACAAUAAAACUAACACUACGAUUUGAUUUUAAUUGGUGCAAUUAUGUUACCCUUUCUGAUGAAAUAAGUUAAAUUUGCUCUGUACCGGUAUACGCAGAAGGUUUUAAAAAAUCAAUAGCUAUCAAUUAUUAAGAAGGCAAACAGAAUGUUUCGUCGACCCCGUUAACUCGAACCCUCUGUAACUCAAACUGGAUUUUGUUUCCCUUCAGAGUUCGAGUUACUGGGGUUCUACUGGUACCUCGACACCUUUAUCCCAACAUGUUCCAUUUUGUUUUUUAGGUUCUAGAACUCUGUGACUGCAGUCUGGACGCUGGAGCAGAUUUCAAGUUGUUUUCUGUUGUUGCUGCAUUUUCUCAACGCGUGGCAGUUUUAGAGUACGUCAAGUUUACGGAGAUUUAUCAUUUACCGUAAAUUUCUCUCAUUUAUUUCACUAAUGUGAUUCAUUACCUUUCUUAACAGUGAGUUUGCAAAAAUCCUUUUAGCCAAGUUGGAUUUCAGAGAGCUUGACUUCAAGCUGCAAAAAUCAAAGGUAAUUGAAGUUCGAGAGGAUUUGUUUGUUAGAGUUAUAACUUUGAGUCUAAUACCAGUUCAUACAGUCCGUACUUUUGCGUGGUCAAGGACGCGGGAAUUAACCACGGGCGUGUGAGACUCGAGCGCUUCUCGCUUGUGAGAUUCUAACGUUCCGCUGGCGCCUUGCGCCUUGAAAAAGCGAUUUUGAGAAAAAACCGACUGUUUUGCAGUGUAGUUAAGACUAUUCUAGUUUACUAGUAUAAAGGUUCAGGAUUUAACCCGUUUAAAAUAUUGUUACUGUAGGCUGGCCUUGAAAAAUAGUGUGUCGACUUAAUCGAGUCGUUUUUUUUAACAAAUAGCUUAGACUGUCUUGUUCUGGCCCCGGUUGCUCCAACGUUGGAUAGUGCUGUCCACUGGAUAAAUCACUUUCCGACAAAUAAGUAUUAUGGAAAUCGACUGCGUUAUCCAAUGGAUAGAGAUUUAUCAGGUAGAUAGCGUUAUCCACCUUUUGAGCAACUGGGGGGGGGGGGGGAAGGGGAGGGGUAGAAAUGUUAGCAACCCCCGUCCCCCUUCCCCCCAAAAAGUGGAUUAUAAUGCCUACUACUCUUCAUAACACACUGUACGUCUCUUCAUUAUUUUAGCGGCUCUUCUUAUGCUAUGUUGACGAAGCCAAGAAGACCAUUUCGCUUGAGGAACUUAUGCUUGGGCUUACGGCUGGAGGUUUAUCAGCGGAACAAAGAGAACAAACAUUGAAAGUCCUCGGCAGGACAACUGCUUUAGACUUCCUGGACUUCUUAACUUAUAUCCCACUUUUUAUUCACAUCCACGAUCACAUUCUACAAGAUCCCCUCGGGACUGUAGUUUACCCAGACGUGUUGGCAGUAUAGAGGUAAACGUCUUUGGAAAAUCUUCGUAGAGAGGCGAGGAGCUUCUGAUUCAAUAAAUGGCCCGAUGGAAAAUCCCAACGGGAUACCCGUUUUCGGAACCGAACUUGGGAAAACCAUCGUGGAGGUAGCUGAGCUUGCGAUAACAUCGCCCAACGGAGAUGGAGCCAGGUCCUAUAGCCAAACUC